AGGCCCCUCCCUCGUCGUCGUGCUCGUUUGCUUGUUCGUACACUUGCUUGCUCGCUUUGCGUUUCCGCCGGGCCCUGCCGAGCUCUGCAGCGUGUCCCUCGGCUCUGUCUAAGCCUCUUUCCGCUCCCUCUCUCUCUCUCUCCCUUCAUUGCUUGAGUCUCCGUCCUCCCCACCUUCGCUAUUUUUUUUUCCAGUCUUUGUACCUCUCCCUCUCGGGGCGGACUUGCUGACCUUUGCGUUGCGUAGACGUUUCGUUUGGCGCACUCACCAUGUCUGCUGCUGCCGCCAAUGCGAAUCUGCCCAGGCGGAUCAUCAAGUUGUAUGUUGGAAUCUUGGUGGAGCUGCGGGAGAAUGGCGAAUUUCGGUGCCACUCGUGCUGGGGAAACGCAACGACUGCUUAGUGAGCCAGCUCCGGGCAUCAGUGCAUCACCAUCCGAGGAGAAUUUGCGGUAUUUUAAUGUGAUGAUUUUGGGCCCAUCACAAUCUCCGUAUGAAGGUGGAGUGUUCAAGCUUGAAUUGUUCUUGCCGGAGGAAUACCCAAUGGCUGCACCCAAGGUUCGCUUCUUGACGAAAAUUUAUCACCCUAAUAUUGAUAAGUUGGGAAGGAUCUGCUUGGAUAUUCUUAAGGAUAAGUGGAGCCCAGCUCUUCAGAUCCGAACAGUUCUAUUAAGCAUUCAGGCUCUAUUGAGUGCACCUAACCCAGAUGAUCCUUUGGCUGAGAACAUCGCUAAGCACUGGAAGUCUAACGAACAGGAGGCAGUUGAGACCGCAAGGGAGUGGACUCGUUCCUAUGCUAGUGGCGUCUGAAGACUGUUUAAUCGUCCAGCCCAACCUUUAAAAAGCUGAGAAGCAUAACAGGAGCAAAUUUGAUGAACUGUGUGUGGCCAUAGGUGAUAGGUCACCUGUAGGAAGUAUGAUUGUGAAUGAGGCACUCUAAAAUUCUGAAGGUUAUAGUUUGUCCAGUUAAGAAUGGAGGGUGCGAGUAACCAAGUUCUUGAUUUAUUCUAGAUCAUUAUAAACCGUACCUGUUUAUCUUCUUUUUCGUAGUCCUCUCUUCAAAUGUUGUGUCCAGGCCAGGGCAUCUUUUGGUCAACUCGUAUUAGGCAGGCUUUCUUUCAGUUUUGUUUUAAUUCGACUCAGUCAGGUUCUGGUAUUGUAUUUGUACCAUCCCCGACCAAGGCAAUGCUUAAUUUGUAGUGCAUGCGUUCAGGAUAAUUAUGGACUCAAGAGAAGAUAUCAUCUACAAUGAAAAUUCUUUCAUGUUUAACUUGUA